AUGGGCCGCGCGGAACCUCCAUUGAUCCAUUUUGUGACUGGCAAUCUUCGAAAGUUUGCUGAAGCCGAAGCCAUACUUAGAAAUGUAGCACGGCUCCGACGACAUGUCAUCGAGGUUCCUGAAAUCCAGGGCUCGCUAGAAGAAAUUGCACGGGAGAAGUGGCGUAAUGCAGCUGCCACGAUGAAAGGCCCAGUUUUGACGGAAGAUAGUGCCCUUGAGUUUCGUGCUCUAAAUGGAUUGCCGGGCCCCUACAUAAAAGAGUUUUAUUCGGCGCUUGGGAAUGACGGACUGUGUCAGCUUCUGGCGGCAUUUAAGGACAAAUCUGCAUCUGCUGUCUUCACGUAUGCUUUCUCCUCCGGACCGGGUGUUGAGCCUGUUCUAUUCCAGGGUCGGGUUGACGGUCAGAUUGUCACGCCGAGAGGAACUAAUGGCUUUGCCUUCGAUCCAAUAUUCGAAGUCCAAGGGAAACAUACGGAGAGAUGGAUGCUCAAACAAAGGCAUGUCAAGCUCGCAGCAAAUAUGCCGGUGAUUUACUGA